GAAAAAAAAAAAAAGUAGCAAAAACGUAAAAAAGGAAGAUAGAUUGCGAAAGGCAAAAAAGAAAGGAAGAUAGGCAUGGGAACUGUAACAAUGGGGCCAUGGAAGCAGCUUCUUCUCAGCGCAUUGGACUCCAAUUCCCACCUCAAGCACUCUUCCUAUUUUCAACUUGCUACGAUUGGAUCAAAUGGGAGACCUUCAAACCGCACUCUGGUUUUCAGAGGAUUUCAAGAGAACACUGACCAGAUCCAAAUCAACACUGAUUCCCGAACUCACAAGAUAGAGGAUCUUAAGCAUUGCCCAUUUGCUGAGAUAUGUUGGUAUUUUACCGACUCUUGGGAGCAAUUCCGGAUCAAUGGGAAAAUUGAUAUCAUUGAUGCAUCAACUACUGAUCCCAAGAAGCUUCAGCAAAGACAGAUAUCUUGGUUUGCUAGUUCUCUGAAAUCAAGACUGCAGUAUUCAGGGCCUAGUCCAGGUCUUCCCUGUCUAAGUGAACAGCCACACCAAGGUUUCUUAGAUCCUUCCACAGGUCCAGUUGUGGCAUUUUGUCUGCUGGUUCUAGAUCCAGAUCAGGUUGAUUACUUGAAUUUGAAGAGCAACCUAAGGGUAAAAUUCGCAUCUGGACUGAAUGUUAAUGGAGAGAAGUGCUGGACUUCAGAGAUUAUCAACCCAUAAUAUCUGCUUUUUGAUUUUUGGAUUCCAAUUUAAAACAAGUUGCCAAUUAAGAAGUCAUUUAUCAAAUUGAUUAUAGGGAGAUUCUUUUCAUGAUCUCUCCCUAGUGCAUUGUAUAAAUUGAUUUUCUUUUUCUUCUAAAAAUAAAAUGGAGAUAUAUUUGUGUAGAUGUAUGACUUGUAAUUCUUUGGUUAUGUCUAGAUCAGGCAGUACAAUUCAUGACUAGUACUGAAACAGUUAAAGAGUUUUACAUACCUCAUUUAUGUGAAGCCUUUAUUUUGAUGUUGUA